AUGGAAGAGAAUCCUUGCUUUGUAGAAUACUUUAGGUGUGUAGUCUGCUCCAAAAUCUUUGAUGGCUCAGAAGGCAGAAAGUUUCCCUUUCAGUGAGGUCUCUGCAUGAGGUUCCUGUGAUGUAAUGAUCAGGAGCAUACCAGUCAAGAACAUUUUGAUAAAGAUGCAGGAAAAUGAGAAGCAGAGUCUAUACUAGAGGAUCUUAUUGAUGUCCAGGAGGACACUGUCGCUCAAGAAGAGCUUUUACAGCAGAAAUAUAGAUGUGGGAAUAAAAAUUGCACUCAAAAUAAUAUGGGAUAUGAAGAAGCCUUGAUGCAUAUUGGGAUCUGUACAGAGAAAAGUCAAGAGUCUAAGUUGAAAACUUUGCUUAAUCAGCUAAAUAGUAAGGAUGAACCUAUUGUUUGGGAUGCUUCUAGCCGAUGUAAGAGAUGACAAUGUAUUCCAUUCCAACCUAUCUAUUUCUGUAAAUGAGGAGUAGGCCUUUACUGUCAUUUCUGAAGAGCUCAAGAUGAGAAGUGCCUGACAUGAAACACUAUCAUUCGUUCUGUAGGGUUCAUGGAUCCUGAAAGAUUUUACAACAGAAUAUUUAAUCUACAAAUAAAGAGAUAUUUAUGAAGGUUCUGAGCAGAGCCUUAUACUUGGGACGCACUUGCAAUUCAUGAGCGUAUUUGAUUUGAGAUAGCAACUGAAAGCAAACUAGAAGAAAUUGAAAACCCUGAAAUUAAAAGCCACUAUUUAUUGAAAGAGGAAUAUUUGAGUGAAAUGAAAACGAUAUUUUGAGAUGUGCAAGAAAAGCUGUCUGAAAGACUGGAUCAAUUUAAGACUGAGCUAAUCAGAUUCCAGCAAAGAAAUUGAGAGCAGGAAGGAAAAAAACUGGAAAAGAAGAGAAUUAUAGGCAUAGAAAAGUAUAUUGCUAAGCUCAAGGAUGAAGAUAAGGUCAGAUUGUCUAUACAAGAGCUUUGAGAAUUGGUACAGAGUUUUCCUAAAAAGCUUGAGCCUCCUUCUCAAGACCAGAAUAUGUUUGUCAAAUUUAGAAAAUUUGAUAAGUCAUUUACAUAUUUCCAAUUCAAGAAGAAUAUAGUGAAUCCUGGAGAGCAAAGAAAGCUGGCUAAAGCUUCGAGGCCUCUUAUUCAGUCAGACGGGUUCAAGAUUAUCCAGACACCUUUAUCAAAUAGAGUAUUUUUAGUUGGAGGAGAUUCUAAUCCUUGGGGUACUUUUGAGUUUGACCUUGAGAACAGAAAAUUUCUACCUGAGGGAGAACUUAAAAAUGAGCAGGAACUAGAAGUCCCUCUAUCGAUAGGAAGAUCCCACCAUUCUUUAGUGGCAACGUGUGGUCUCAUUUUCUGUACAGGAGGCAAACCUAACUUUUUGAGAAGGAGAGGAGAAGGAGAAGAUGAAACUGAUGAAGCCAAUGGUAGAUUAAUUGAGGUAUUCAAGCUGAAGGAAGGCAGAUGGAUUGAAUAUAAUAACAGGCUCCAGAAUUCGAGAUGAUGCCACAGCUCCUGUAUCCUUGGAAGUUAUUUAUACCUAUUCCAAGGAUAUGAUGUCUCAGGCUAUGCAGUCAAUUCUGUAUCCAUUGAAAGGAUAAAGAUAGAUACCAAUGAAGCAACUUUAUUUUCUGAUCCCGGUUAUGAUUCUUUCUAUGUUAAUCAGGACGAUAACUUGGGAGAGAAUAUCAGGUCAUUUACUUCUAUUUUUCCAACCCAAAGUUUGAACCAAAUUAUUUAUUUUGGAUAUACAGGACUAGAAGAAGAUGCUUGACAGCCAUUGGAUCAGAAAGAUUUGAUUAGGACAGAUGAAGAUAACCAGAUUUAUCACAGAUAUUCCUUUAGAGAUGAGUAUCCAAGAUAUAACGAGUCAAAACUACAACUUGACUGGGAAAGAGAGGAGUAUCAGGAAGCUUUAAAUCAAAUCAGAGAUAGAGUACAAGAAUGUGAAGAAAUCCAGACGGUAAAAAAUCCUCUAUGUGAGGAUUAUAUCCAUCACCCUAUGUAUUUUAGAGGAAUUACUUUCUAUCAUUCAAGCAUUGAAAAGUUAUGAUAUUUUGAUGAUGAAGAAGCAUAUCAGGUUAGAGAGGUUCUGCCUCCUGAACAAGAUGUGGGAUCCGAUAGCUCCUCAGACUCAGACUUUUAAUUCAAUAAUAUUUAGCAAA